AUGCCGGACAACUUCGCCUUCUGGCUCCGAAGCCGUCCUGGAAUCGGUCUGAUCGCACAGUUCCUUCCGGAAGGAUGGGAGUUUACCUUCCAGUUCGUGGUGGUCGAAACACUCAUCUGCUUCAGAUAUAUGAGAGUUGGUCGCAGACUGAGUGGUGUCGUUCUGCACUACAGACAGACAUUGACUUUCACUUGGCACCCGGUCUACGGUGGACUGCUGAGCUAUACGACAGAACUGAUCGUCUGCUUCCUGACGCCCACCGUAGCGGCGAUUGUGCCUACGGACGAGCACUUCUACGUCUUCGGUCCUCAUGUGUACGAGUAG